AUGGAUGUAGAAAACAAAAAACAAAAUGAUAAAAAUUAUAUUAAAAACACUUAUAAACAUUUUUGUGUGUGUAACAAUAAAUUAAUAAGCCAAUCCCUAUAUAUUUGUCAAUUUUGUAAAAUAAAAUGCUUAUUAAAUUCGAAAAAAAAUCAUGAAAGAAAUUUGGGAAAAUCAUUAUAUGCAAAUGAUAUAUACAAAUUAAAAUUUAUAUCUAAUAGUAACCAUAAAAAUUAUUAUUUUAAUAAUAAUAAAAAUAUUUGUUACAAAAACAAAUGUACUAAUAUAAAACAUGAUAAUAAUAAUGACCAACUUAUUAAUUUAAAAAAAAAUAGACAUAAUUACCAAAUAAAUAACAAGCCGAGUAUGCCACUGCGUAGUCUUAUUCAAAAGACAGAAAACAAAUAUGUUACAAACACAAAUGUCAAUAAAAAUAUUAAUUUAAAUUAUAAUACCACUCCUAAUAAUAUCAGAAAUAAUAUAUUUCAGCAGCUAUUUAAAAAUGGAUACCUACAUAAAACAUAUAAAAUAAAAAUAAAAAAAUUGCAAAAUAAUAUAGUAAAAUGUAAUAAAAAUAAUAACAUAAAUAGUAAUUCAUUCAAUUUUAAUAUAAAUAAAACUUAUAAUAAUAUAAAAUGUUUUAUUAUUUCGCCCAAAAUUAGUGACAAUCAAAAUAAUCAGUCAAAUAAUUUAUAUAAUUAUAAAAUAUAUAAAAAAAACAACAAAUGUGUGUAUUAUAAUAAUUUGAGUUAUUCAAACAAAAUUUCGAGUAAUUAUUUUGAUAAUUAUUUAAAUUUUAAAAAUAGAUUAACUAAUAAAUUCCAUAAACGAGUGGAAUGUCGAAAAAUAAAUAACUACAAUGAUGUUUGCAAAGUAAAAAAUUUUGAAAAAAAUUGUAAUAAUAUAAAAACCCUCUUUAAUGCUAACACAAAUUUAAACAUAAUAAAUAAAACAAAUAUAGUUAUAAAAAAAGAAAAUAAACAUGAUAAACCCCUUCAAAAAAAAAAAAAAAAAAAAAAUGCAUUUUGUUCUCCAGUUUGUUGUAGAAACUAUAGUUUAAAUUAUAAUAGUUUUUUUAAUAUUGAAAAGGAUACAAAUAGUGAAAAUAAGCAAUUUGAUAAAUGCAUGAAAUAUAAUAAAGUUAAAGAAAAAGUAUGUUAUAUUGAUUUGCUACUUAAUGGAGAAAAAGAAGCCCAAAAAAUUAUUGGGAAAGCUUAUAAACAUAAAGCCAAUAUUAAAAAAUAUAUGUAUAAAAAUAUAGACGAAGAAAUCGAAAAAUUAAAAAAAAAAGAAAUUUUAAUUUAUGAAGAAAAUUUAAAAAAAAUGGAAAAAGAAAUAGACAUUUAUCAAAAUCAAAUAGAAAAAAAUUUACAAAAUUAUAUUUUAAAAAUAAAUGAUAUAUAUAAAAAUAUUGAUGAUAUAUCAAAAUAUUUAAUAGACAAAAUUAUUAAAGUUGAUUUAACUUUUAAUUCAGAUUUAUUAAAAUAUUAUUUACCUGUUAAAGAUAUUGAACAAUAUAUAUAUACUAAUUCAGGAAAAAUGUAA